AUGUCGGACCACGAAGAUGAAAUGGACGUGGAUGCACCCAAGGAUGUGCAGUUCAGCUCCGAUAAUGCCAGUGGAAAAAAGAGAACCACUGCCGAUCUACCUAUUGAAGCUCAAGAUAACCUCCCAUGGCAAAAAUACCGACCCAGCAGCUUAGACGAUGUGUCCGGCCACCAAGAUAUUCUCGCGACUAUCAAUCGAUUCGUGGAUACGAAUAAACUCCCUCACCUCCUUCUAUACGGACCACCAGGAACCGGAAAAACCUCUACCAUUCUAGCCCUUGCCCGCCGAAUCUAUGGCACGAAGAACAUGCGACAGAUGGUGUUAGAAUUGAACGCCAGUGACGACCGUGGUAUUGACGUUGUUCGAGAACAAAUCAAGACCUUUGCCAGUUCGUGA